AUGUCAGACACCGAAAUGGACGGCGGCGUCGCGCUCGGUGGCACUUCGCCCACGCAUUCCCAGCUCGCCGACGAAAUCAACGGAGGCGCCAUGGACGUCAAGUCCAACGGCGCACCUUCCGUCGCAGACUCGACCGUCUCCAGCCGACUACCCGUUACGGUGAACAAGUCCACGCCCUUCACCUUUGACCUGGGCAACCUGCUCGCAAACGACCCCAACCCCGUCCCCGCCGGCGCCGACGAAGCCACCCUCGCUGCCACUGCCCGCGAUGCCGCUCAAGCCCUCAUCAACCAGCUCCUCUCGACCUGCGAAAUCAAGUCAAACUCAGAGGGCGUCCACCUCGUGCUUCCCGCGCCGACAACACCCCUCCCCCGCGAGAAGCCUAUUCCCGAAGCCAAGGAGCCCACCAAGUGGGACAAGUUCGCUGCGAAGAAGGGCAUCAAGAACACGAAGCGCGACACCAAGCUGGCUUACGACGAGGCCACGGGCGACUGGGUACCCAAGUGGGGUUACAAGGGCAAGAACAAGGCGGGCGAGAACGACUGGCUGGUCGAGGUUGACGAGAAGAAGGAAGCCAAGACCGGUGAGGCUCACGACCAGAGGGCGGAUAAUCGGAAAGACCGGAAGGAGAGGAUGCGCCGCAACGAGAGGAAGGAACGCGCGAACAGCGUCAAGUCUCGCAAGGUUGGUGCGUGA